AUAGGAAUUUCCAUUUUUUCUUUAAUUGAGAAUAAACUUUAAGUCAAUUUAUUAAGCGGGUGCCUAUUAUUUUGGUAGUUUGUUAUAUAAAUACUUUUCCAAUGCAAAAAAGUGUAUGAAUUGGCAAUAACAACAGUCUAUGUACGUCAUAAACGCUGUCAAACUCAAAAAAAUUGAUUUAAAUCUGACAUUAAGAAUUCCGUGCGCAUUUAAUUUUGUUAAUGAUUUUAUAACUUCAUUGGUUAAGUAUAUAAAAUGUAAAUGCGAAAGUCAAGUAAAAAUUAAAAGAAGAAAUGUGGCAUUUAAGAUAAAUUUUGCAAAUAAAAAUUUUAAUUAGUUAUGCAUUAUAACUUAUUGAAUAAUUGGAAGUGGUAUAAGAAACAUCAGAGGUCCUAAGAUAAAUAAAAAAAUCAUAAAUCAAAAAAUGUACAAUCCAUAUAAAAAAAAGAAAUUUUUUGUAAAUCCCCAUCCUCAGUCCUUUAUAAUUUUUGUUUAUGAAUUUCAAAGAGAUGAAGCUAAAAGGAAAAAUAGAUUAGUUUCUCUAAAAGAAGCUUAUUCCAGUGGCGCAGUCGCAUGGAAGGAAUUACCUGAAAGCGAAAGAAGUAGAUACGAAAGGAUUGCAGCUUCACCUACUUGGAAAGAAUAUAAAGCAAAAUAUCAAUCAUAUUCAUACAACAUGAGUUUUACAGAGUUGGAAGAAAUCGAGAACAAACGUGUUUUAGAAGAAAAUGUUAUGUUGAGAGAAAUAGAUUUUAUAAUUGAUGAGGCCAAGCGUAAUGAAACUGUAGCUGAAUUAAGGUUAAACUUCAUCAUGGCUAAUUAUUUCGUAAAACUAAAUGAUUCUGAAGAAACAUAUAUUCCCGCAGAGAUCUCAAUUUGCAAGUUUUCAAUACGGGAUGGUAUUCUUGAUAAAUUUCAUACGUUUGUCAAUCCUGGUGUAUUGCCUUUUGGUCAUGCAUUACAAGCUCGAGAGCAUGCCAAAUCGACCCAUCAGUUGGAAUUACCCCCAAAUGCAGUUGGUGAGAAAAACUUGGGAAAAAUUUAUAAAAAUAUUGCAGAAUUUAUUAAUCCACAAAAUGAAGAUAACCGCAAAAAUAUUGACCAAAAUAUUUUACCACCUGUUUAUACUGAUACAAAAAGUGUCCGAGUUAUUAAAUCUAUCUUAAAAUUUUGUAAAAAUGACUGCUUCGAUGAAAAUAUACCCAAUAUUCGCGUAUAUCCAUUACAGAACAUAUUCUUUAAAAUGAAAAUUGCAGCUUCAUUUAUUGGUGACACUAAAGCUCCUGACUCAAUAGACGAAUCUAAUGAAAUUCUUUACAGAGAUAAUUAUGAGUAUGAAUUGAGUUUAUCGUGUAAGUUUCAUGAAAAUUUGGAAUGCGGGAGAUUUUGUUCAUUGUCUUCAGUUACGCGAUGGUCCUACAUUUUUGCGGAAAAUAUAUGUCCAGAUUUAGCGAUUAAAUUAUUGCCAGGUCUUCAUAUGCCAUCUGAAUGUGGUUAUGUUGCAAAAGAGGCUAAAACUAUAGAAAUGAAACCAAUGCCUAUUAAAGAGCAGAAAUAUAAAACACACCGAAAUGGAGAGAUGAAUCAUAUUGCAAGCCCGAAAUAUGAUACACAUAACGAGGAAAAUGGUUACCACGAAACGGCAAUAAAAUUGGAAGUAACAAAAAUUAAGGUAGAAAAGCCUGAUUCCGUGUGCGCGGGCACAGAUCCCAAAUAUGAAUAUGAUUCCGAUAUUCAGAGCGUCAAAAGCUUAAAUAAAAGUAUAGUUAACAUAGAUUCAGAUUCUGAUGAUGGAAAAGGAAUCACAAUUGUAGAUAAAAAAUUGAAACGAACAAGAAAAGAUCACAACGAUGCUAAUUUUGAAGGAAGGAAAUCUAGGCGAUCACGUUCAAUUUCGUAUUCAAGUUUCAAUAAAGAGCGGCAUUAUGGCAAAAAACAUAACAAACGAAAAAGCAUUGGUAAGCGACAAAGAUCUAGAUCAACGGAAAGGAAGGGGAAAAAUUCUAGAAGAUCAAAUUCUAGCCUGUCAAAUGAACGCUAUUCAAAGUCAAAAUCGCAUGAUAAAAGGUAUAUCAAAAUGAAAAGGAAUUCAAAGUCGAGAUCCAGAUCAAGAUGCAAAUCUAAAUCCAAAUAUAAUUAUGGAUAUAGGUCACGAUCACGAGAUUAUAAAAAAAAUAGAUUAAAAAAAUAUAAAUCAAGGUCACGAUCAAUUGAUUAUGAAAAAGUUAAGCCAAGAAAUGAAAAUUACUUUAAUAAAGAAAGAGAAAUAUCCUUUACAAGAAAUUACGAUUCUCGUUCCCGUGAUAAUAAAUUGAGAACACAACGAUCAAGAACGAGAUCGUCAUCUAGAUCGGGAUCCAGAUCUAAAUUGAAUAACUAUUCCAGACAUAGAUAUUCAAAAUCUAGAUCUAGAUCACAUUCCAAGGAUUAUAGAAGACCCGAAUUAAAAAAUGACAUUUAUUUUGAUAGAGAAAUCGAAGUACCCCCUGCACCAAAUCUCACUCCUCAAUUGCUUUAUGAUAGUAGAAAAUAUCACUAUAGUAGAAAUUCUAUUCCCCUUGCAUAUACUUCGCCCCAAAGCGGCAGUAAAUCAUACACAACUGGCUUUGAGCCCCGUAGUUAUUAUUCAAAAUCAUUUUAUUUUGAUAGACGACAUUAUUAAUUUCUUGUUUUUUGUACAUUUGAAUUUUAAGUUAAAAAAAAAAUAGAAAUAAAUACGUUUUAGUUUAAGUACUCAUGCAAUUGAUUUUGUCUAUCUUUUAUAUUAAUUUUUAACGUUAAAGUUAUCAAUUAAGCAAUCAAUCUAAAUACUUAUCUUAUGAUUUAUACGUUUCUUAUGAUUUUAAAUUAAAAAUGCAC